AUGGGGAAGAAGUGGCGGAGUCCCAGCCAGGCGGAGAAAGGCUGCUCCGACAAGGAAGAACUUGGCAGGCGGAGGAGUCGGAGCGCCAGUCGAGGGAGGUUCGCGGAGUCGUGGAAGAGGUUAAGUUCCAGGCAGGGCUCCACCAAACGCUCUGGGUUGGCUUCGCAACAGCCUCCGGCUCAGAAGUCAUGGAUAGAGAGAGCGUUUUACAAAAGGGAAUGCGUCCAUAUAAUACCCAGCACCAAAGACCCCCAUAGGUGUUGCUGUGGGCGCCUAAUAGGUCAACAUGUGGGACUUACUCCAAGUAUCUCCAUUAUUCAGAAUGAGAAAAAUGAAAGCCGGCUCGCUCGAAAUGACAUCCAGUCAGAGAAGUGGUCAGUCGGCAAGCACACACAACUCAGCCCCACGGAUGCCUUUGGAACCAUUGAGUUUCAAGGAGGUGGCCACUCAAAUAAAGCCAUGUAUGUGCGGGUGUCUUUUGACAAACCUGAUCUUCUUCUACACUUGAUGACCAAGGAAUGGCAGCUUGAACUACCGAAACUCCUCAUCUCAGUACAUGGAGGUCUCCAGAAUUUUGAACUGCAACCAAAACAACAAGUAUUUGGGAAAGGCCUCAUUAAAGCUGCUAUGACAACUGGAGCAUGGAUAUUUACAGGCGGAGUAAAUACAGGAGUUAUUCGGCAUGUUGGUGAUGCACUGAAAGACCAUGCUUCAAAAUCUAGAGGAAAGAUCUGCACUAUUGGAAUAGCUCCCUGGGGAAUUGUAGAAAAUCAGGAGGACUUGAUUGGCAAGGAUGUAGUCCGACCGUAUCAAACAAUGUCCAAUCCAAUGAGUAAGCUGACAGUACUCAACAGUAUGCAUUCUCAUUUUAUUCUGGCUGAUAAUGGAACCACGGGAAAAUAUGGUGCAGAGGUUAAACUUCGCAGGCAGUUGGAAAAGCACAUCUCCCUUCAGAAGAUAAAUACAAGAAUUGGUCAAGGAGUACCAGUAGUGGCCCUCAUUGUAGAAGGUGGACCCAAUGUAAUUUCCAUUGUCCUGGAAUAUCUGCGUGAUACACCCCCAGUUCCAGUUGUAGUAUGUGAUGGGAGUGGCCGAGCAUCUGACAUCCUUGCAUUUGGUCAUAAAUACUCAGAAGAAGGAGGGUAA